AGGACAAGAGAGGCGAAGUUUUACGUUCGUUAUCAUCGACGAUAUAACAAUUUGCAACAUCAUUCCGCUCCUUUUCCUGCCCCGUUUCGUUUCUGGUUUCUCUUGUUUUUUCCUAGAAGAUGGAUUUAUGUAAUAACGUAAAUAGGAAUCAACGUGCAGUAGCGAAAUAGAAAGAGAAAGAGGGAGAGAGGAAGAGAGAGAGAGAGAAAAGCAUUAAGCGUGAGCAAUAAUAGCAGCAUGGAUGAAAAGGGCGGUUAAAAAUCGGGGUUGCUCUUUCGAAGCAAGGAGAGUGCGCUGCGGAAGCACGUGGCGGGUAUAAGAAGAGCCGCGCGUAUCGUUACUAGUCACUGUACAUCUUAUUUUAGCGGAGCUCGCAAGUGUCGCGCGUACUGUACAAUAUAUUUGCAUAGAACUGAAAGGAACGGUGGUGAGACGAUUUUUCGCAAUCGUAACAUCCCAUUAAGUGAAGAAUUAGUUUUCGAAACAGAAACUGCGGAUAGGUUUCAACAGUGAAAUACGAUACCAGUGUAAGAGGCAUGUGGUUGAUGUUUGCUAUAGUUUCCCUUUUGAUACGCGCGAUUCUCGCAAAUUCAGAAAUCGACGAUAUAGUCCUACCGGACAUAAUGGACCUGGAAAACGAAAGCAACGAUAUACUAACCGAUAAUUAUACCGACAGACCUGGGAACGAUAUAUGGAAAGUGUGGAAAAAGACAUCGUUCGACCCUUGGAGUGGUAAACGAGCAAAAGAGUAUUCUCGAUCGAAAGUCGACUCACAAGGGAAACGAACGAAACUUACGCACGAUUGGUACGAUCGAGACACACCUACGAAUGAAUUUAGCAAUGUUAAAAGAAUAACAGAAAGCGUCGAAUGGACUCCUUUUAAUAGUUGGGGUGGAAAAAGAGCGGAGAAACUGAACAAUCGAGAUUCAGUUUUAGCAUUAACGAGAGAUCCUCAUAGCCUCCACCUGAUGGCAAAAGAUAAACUCAUUGCAGGAAGAAAACUUGGCGACGAAAAACUCUCGAUCGAAACGAAGAAUUGGUUAUCUUCUAUGUGUAACACCUGCGCCAAAAAACAUUGUGAAAUUGAGAAGAAAACGAAGCAAAACGAACAAUAUGAGAAACCCAGAGCGUGGGGUCCAUGGCAUGGGAAAAGAAGUUUAAAAACAUAUACCUUCCGUUUUGGAAAUGAGUACUUCACGGUACCGGCCGAUUCUAUAAAAGAUGAGAGGAACUUUUCUCCUUUCAGAAAACAUAAUUAAUCGCACACUGAUUAUUCUAUCCGAUUAGAUAAAUCCAUAGAACGUCAUAAAAUUUGUAAAGCAGUUUGGCGCGUUCGAUUCUAUUCUACUUUGUACAAUCGUGUAUCUUCUGUUUGGAACACAUUUAUCCGAACUAAUUGUGCAGGAGGUUGGGAAUAAAUAAGUUCUUUAAUAUCUGUAACAUUCGAAUUUUGGAUGCGAAAUAUGUCAAGUGGUGUAUGUACACAUAUGUAUUAUAUAGCAUUAUGAAUAAAUAUCUGUUUAAUCAGA